CACCGAUCACAAAUUACAUCACAGUCGCGCCCACGGACGCAGACGCAAAUUGAUGCCGGGUGAAUCCGUCUCCUAAAUAAUAAAUAAAAUCACCGGACAUUUUUCUCCAUCUAACUUAACAGAGAUAAUUAGUUACCACAAUGCUCCCUUUCAAGAGAACUUUUGAGAGCGAGAAGCACCAGCUGCAGGAGCUCAACAGCAGACUUACCCAGUAUCUAUCCAGAACCAAGCAGCUGGAGCAAGAAAACGCGCAUCUCAUUGCUGAAAUAAAUAAACUGAGACAGGUGAGGACUACCGGAUGGGAAACUAAGUACAGGGCUGAGAUGCAGGACCUGCGGAGAAUGGUGGGGCAGCUGUCGUUUGAAAAGUCCCAGGCUGAGAUGGAGAGGGAGAAGCUAUGGCGGGAGUUGCAGAUGAUCCAGAGUCUGUGCAGCGAGCAGACCGAUGUGUGCCGGGACGUCAGCGGCGAACUAAAGAACUGCGAGCAGGAGCUUCAUCACGCUCACAAAACCAACAGCGAACUCCAGCAGCGGCUGCUGCAACUAGAGAACGAGUAUAAACGCUUAGAGGAUGCACACAGGGAAGAGGUGAGCCGCCUUUGCCGUCAGGUGGAGUCCCGAGUGGCACCCAUCAUCAGGCAAACUUAUCGUGGGCCUCCGGUGGUCUCCGUGGAAGAGGUGCAGGAGUAUGCCCACGGUAUGUCCGAAGGAUGGAUUCAGACCUUCGAAAUGUACCAGAAGACGGUAGAAGACAUGGAGCAGUCAAUUAAAGCGGACCAGGCAAUGCUGAACGACAUGCAGAGGGAAAAGAUGCUGUAUGCGUCCGAGUUGGACAAAUUACGCACGGAAGCGGAAAAACAAGGGCAGAUUCAAAUGCGACUUGAGGAGCAACUGAUGCACAUGCAGGAAAAAUUCCGUGUGGACUACAGUCAGUAUCAGAUGACUAUUGAACAGCUGGAGCAUGAGAGGAAUGUGAUGGCUGACGUUAUAGCACAAAAAAUGAGAGAGCAUCAGCAGCUUCUCCAGGUGAAGAUGGAUCUGGGAAUGGAGGUUGCUACUUACAGGGCUCUUCUGGAGGGUGAGCGAAUCAGUCUGCAAGAUGCUCAUAAGCGAGGGAAUCAACAUCAAAGAGAAAGAAUAAUAGAUAUCAAAAUGCCUGCCCAACGCUAUACUCCAAGAGCUUCCACCUUAACCACUAAACAGCACAUGGAUAUAAGGUACAUGCCAUCGACUUCAAGCUUGAGAAGAGCCCCUAUCCCUUCCUCUGGGUCCAUAAGUCCGUCUAGGGUCAUCCCUAUUUCAGUUACAGGAAGAGCUCGCCAUCAGAGUCCGGCAUCCAGAAGGGAUAUGAUCUCAUUUAACAAAGCUCGGGCAGCUGCUUCUGCUACUACCAUUACCACCACCAGUACUACAACCAAAGAUAAGCAAGCAGGCCAUAGUGAAAACCAAGUCAGUCGGAGUGUACCAAAAAGAACAGCUGAAGAGCAAACUGUGAAACUCAUCUGGCUCCCACACACAGAGGGCCAGAUGAGUCCUGACAAGUCUUCUACUCCUGAUACCAAAUCUGUAAGAGUGGUGUCACCAUCAAUGAAGGUUACGGAAACCGAGACAGAAAGCAAGAAGUAUGUGUCAGAUGAAAAAGAAAAAGGCCCCGUUGUCGAGGGCGAGGUCAAAGACAAAGGAAGAACAGAGUUUACAAUAGGCCCAGCUGAGAAAAAGAUAUUAGACUCUGUGUCUGUAGAAGAAAUAAUUGAGAAAGUGAUAAAACCAGCAGGUUUGGAAGGCAAGGACUGUUCAGCAGGAGAUUCAAAAGUCAGAUAUCACGUGGAGAAAACUGAGCAGGAGGAUGGCACGACUAAAACACAAAUCGUGCUGGAGUCCAAAGUGGAGGAAGAGCUGGAUGUUUCUCAGGACAAUGCCCUGGAAGAACUGUUGAAACAAGGUGUGAAGAAAGUGUCACUAGAGGACAUCAAGGACACAGCAACAGGAAGCAUGGUCAAGAACCUGCUGAGUGGCUUGCAAGGAGGAGAGGACUUACAAAAUAAGUCAUUCAAUGUGGAAAUAAUCGAGGAACCAGUGGAGUCUUACAGUGAUGAAGAACUUGAGGCUGAGCAGAAGUCCGGGUUCACUUUUCAUGAGCCUUCUGCAUAUUUCCAAGUUGAGGAGCCAGAAAAUAUCCCUCAUGGCUUUCAAGAUAGCAGGGGAGAUGAUAAUGUCAUGAAAUCCAACACAGAUGAGUCAAAGUUUGGAUCUGUACAAGUCCAAGAGGUCUCUAGAGAGAGUGAAUUUCCACAUUUCUCCCAUGAUCAAGAGUCUCAUGAGUAUUUUGUCUCUACACCAGAUGAAAAUCUUUCUGAAUCUGAGGAGGGUGGCGGGAUAACCUCAUAUGGCCAUUAUGGAAUUGUAGAUGACCUGUCGGAUGAGAGGUAUUAUCAAGAUGAUGGUCUUCCCCAGAAAAAAGUGACUGUAAAAGAAAGUGAUGAAUAUGAGUUUAUGUCAGGUGACCGGUUGUUUGCCAAAGAGAGUUUUCCAGAGUGCAUAAUAGAAGAAGAGGUUCGGGUCUCACCUAUAGUGCAAGAGUCAGUGCUUGAGUACCUGAGAGAAGACUCUUUGGAGCCCAAAGAGCAGCUGAAAGGAGCUCUUGAGAAGCUACAAAGUUCAGUGUCGGGACCACUGAAAGAGGAGUUAGCUUUCCUCACCAGAGUGAGUAGUGAAAGUCCAGAGAAUGUAGCCGUCGAUGUCAAAAGAGUGAAACAGUCCACUGACAAUGGAACCAUGACUAUAGUUGCAGAGCUAAAUGUUUCUCAAACCCUGGAAGAAUCUGGGCUGCUGGAAGGAGAUGACCUAUCUGAAGAUCAGAUCAUGGCAGCGCUCAAGUCAUCUAACAUGGGGAUCGAGAAAGCCUUCCAGAGUGGGGCGGGAGGAGGAUACAGCAUUAGAGUUUCCAGGGAAGAUAAUGUUGCUGAUAGCGUGGAGUAUGGCAACUUCAGCGACAAAGGAGAAUCUGCAUCUGAAAUCGGUGAGAAACAUUUUAAACUGGGGCCAUCAGACAAGUCAUUUUCCUUCCAGAUGGAUGUACACGGUGGCCAUGACGAGGCUGCCUCAGAGCAAGAGCUGCAGCCUCCAGUCCUGGAGAUGCCGGUGAAGAUUUCACAGGAGAAAAGAAUCGCAACAGUUUACCUUGAAAGCCCUUCUAAUGACUAAGAACUAAAUCUGAUUAUUUUUUUCAAAUUGAAUAAUUGCCAGUGCAUUACAGUAUGUUUACUUAAACAUACAAAGCGUAUACUAAUGGUGAUUACAGGAACUGUAUUCAUGCUAUUUUUCAAGUAAACAAGCGUACGUAUAAUCCAUAAGACUAGAUUACCUAAAACAGAGUACUAGCUAUUUAGUUAAAAGUAUCUGAUUUCCAUAUAUUUUUCUUUUUGCUAUUGACUGCAGAGAUCCCAUUACUGAAAUACUCCAUACUAACUACUGUGGGCUAGAUUGUGUAAGGAUUGAAACCUCUACAUAUUGUAGCCAUAUUUAAUGGUAGGCAAUGCUGUGUGCUGUACUAGUAUGUUUGGCUUUUCAUAAGGUGCAGUUUGGAUAUCCUUGAUUAUUCUCUUUAUAGUGCUUCAUUUUGUACUAACCUACACUUAACAGCUUAAACAGCUCAUUCUACAGUUUACAGCAUAUAAUCCACCCAGCCAUCAUGUCGUGGCUGUACUUGCCAUGAUGUUAAGUCUCCUUGGUCAGCAUUUAUUGCUCUCCGGGUUACAAGGUGCUGUGCACUGUUUGCAGAAUGAGGCUUUAAUUUUUUAUGUUUUGAGCACCUCUACAAAAUGGAAUGAUGUUAGUACACAGCACAUGCUGGAACACAGUGGUUUAUAUUAACAAGUCAUUGCUAACAUGUGUUCAAGACUGUUGACCUUGUGACUGAGGAUAAUAUCAUGAGAGUUUAAAAAAAAAGAUCUAUUUCCUUUAGAAUUUGUCUUAACAAAGCUCUUGUGAAGCUUAAAAGUGAUUUCUUGGGGUUUCUAGGGACGGCGCAGUGGUUAGCACUGUUGCCUCACAGCAAGAAGGUCCAGAUUUCAACUCAACCAUCUGGCUGGGGACUGUCUAUGUGGAGUUGGUUAGGUUAACUGAUGAUUCUAAAUUGCCCAUAGGUGCAAAUGUGUUCUCCCAAGAGAGAAGCAUGUUUUUAAAAAAUAAAACAAAAAGUCUAUUUUAACAUGUGCCAAACAUUUGUAAAUUGCAAACAGUUAAGAUUUUGUUUUGAGCAUAUAAUUGGGGGUAACACUGCAUUUGGAAUUCUAAAUGGUCCCAUUUAGAAUUCCAAACAUGGCUGUCAGGUUGAAAACAAUAUCCUGAUAAAACGAUUAAAGUAGCAGCAGAGGUGUUUUGCAUUAAAAGGAUGUUGCAGUGAUGAAAACGUAAUCACACAUAGGUUUGAUCUUUGUCAUGUAUAGCACUUAUGGCUUGUCCACAGCUGUUGGCUUUCAGUGUUGGCUUGAAGGAUUCAACUUUGCUCUGACCUACGAGUGUGUUUAUAACCGCACCUAUUUUUGGAUCAUCAGCUUAGCAUUGAGUGUUGACUAGAGUUUGUUGUGUUGUGUAUGUGUUACAGAGGCAGAAAUGAAAUAGCAUGUGUACCGUCUGGUUAUUUUUUUGCUUAUUUUCUCUAACAGCGGCUGUAUAAUUUACUUCUAACUACUGAAAAGUCUUUUCAAGUCAACUUUCUGGUGUGAGGGUAAACCAAUCCAAAAAUACAACAUCUGGCAUGAAUGCCAUACUUAUACAAAUAAAAUAAAUUAGAAGUCAUUAGCAAUCUACAAAAAGAACCCUUCAUUUCAUGGAUUUGUUGUUAUUUACUCUUUAAACUCAAACACUACUAUAUCAGUGCACCUAAAGUGUUUGUUAUUAAUCUUUAUGCGGUUAUUAUCUUCAUUAGUGAAUGAGUGACUAAUACAGUGUUUAAUAAAGGUCAAAUGGAGAGACUGAAAUCCUUGAUUUAUUCUGAAUUCUUUUGAGACCAUUGCUUAUAUUGGUAUUAAUUCCAGUCCUUAGAUGAAAACUGCCCCAAUAUUAUAACAUCAUUAAAAAAUAUUAUGGGUAUGUUUUGUUUGAGUAUUUAUUUAGACUUUACUUUCUUCACCUAAAGUGCAAUUUGACAAAAAAGCAAGUAACUUUAAACUUUAAACCACACUGAAAACAAACAAGACAAGUGUGUUCAGUUAUGAAGUUUUAAUUAUUACCACUGGAUGGUACAAGUGGAAGGAUUAGAGGUCGUUUUCCUUUUACCUUUCUUCUCAGCCACCUCUGGUGCCCUGAGAAACAUAGAGGACACAGUUGCUUUACUAAAACAUGAGCUGCAUUCUUAUAAGUGUCUGUUAGGUUUACCCUAAUGUAAUCAUAUUAUCAAAAAGAAAUAAAUGGUAAGUGUUGACUGGU